AUGACUCAAAACAAGUCCAAAAGCAGAUCUAUGUAUGUUGGAUUUGAUCCAACAGCUGAUAGUCUUCACAUUGGAAACUUAGUGACAUUAAUAACAUUGUUACAUUUCCAACAACAUGGAUAUCAACCUAUUGCUGUUGUGGGUGGAGCUACUGGACUUAUUGGAGAUCCUAGUGGUCGUCUCAAAGAGAGAGAUAGUUUGUUGAAAGAUGACUUAGAGCAAAAUGUUAUUGGAAUAUCUAAUGUAUUAUCAAAGAUAUUUCAGAAUGCAUUAUAUCUCACUCAACAGCAGUAUGCUAUGCCAGAUUUAAAUGUUCAACAAAGACUUAACUCUGGACAAGGUCUUAGUUUUACAGAAUUUUCAUAUCAAGUUUUUCAAGCAUAUGACUAUCUCUGUUUGCAUCAAAAUCAUAAUUGCUGGUUACAGGUAAGCCCCCCAAAAUCAAUGGGCAAUAUAUCUGCUGGAUGUGAAUUUGUUCAUAAAUACACUGGUAAUCGUGUACAUGGAUUAACUGUACCACUAGUUACAACAUCAAGUGGAGAAAAGCUAGGAAAAUCAGUUGGUAAUGCUGUGUGGUUAUCAGCAGAUAAGACAUCACCCUAUCAUUUGUAUCAAUAUUUUCUUAAGACAUCUGAUGAAGAUGUUAGUAAAUAUUUAUAUUAUUUUACGUUCACAUCAUUGGAUUAUAUCAGUGAUAUCUUAACACAACAUCAGGUGAAGUGCGACGACUCAUACAAGGAGGAGGACUGUACAUUAAUAAUAAAAGAGUGGAGUCGGUACAUGAGAAAUGGUCACAUGACAGUCACAUGUUACAAGAUAAAGUCACUGUUAUCAGAAUAG